AUGGUGUGCUGUGACCGGUGUGACGAGUGGUUCCACUUCAUUUGCGUCGGAGUCAACGAGGACGUGGCCAAUCGUUCCUGGAGCUGCCCGGAAUGUUCAGCGUCGAUAAAUCCGGCUUCACAAUUGCCACCACCGCCGACCUCGCCUACAGCAACCACAGGUGAGCCACCUAUACGUCCACCUUCACCGUCUCCGCCACCAAUACAUCCUUCUCGGACGCCAACACCACGUCCCCGAAAUUCGAUGAUUCAAACUCCGCCGCCACCGCAAGUUUCCACCGAUCUUCCACCAGUGCCUUCCCCUCGUCCUCGGGCACAUGGAUCACAUAUGAUUCCUUCAUCUACGUUCCAGCGUUCACAGGGCUUACUUACUCCUGUCGCUGAGGUUACGGAAGUGAGGAGCGCAAGUCGAAAUAUGAUGGAAGAAGAGGAUCUCGUUAAUAGACUACCCUCGGAUCUACGAAUUCAAUUCUUGGAACAGCAAGAAGCCAUAGAAUUACGUUAUUUAAGGCGUAGGUUCCAGAUGUUAUUGGACUCAUCGUCAAGUGUGAAUCACCGAAUAACUCCACCUCAUCGUGAUAAUGUCACGGCUCCUGUAAGUCAUUCUUCACCUGUGUGUUCCAACCAAGUCGCAGCACCGUCCACUGCACGAAACAACAUUGUUUCACCAUUCGUUCCAAUUGCGCAGCCCCAACCGGUUGGUCUAUCGAAUCGUCUACCCACUUUAAACGAGCAACUGGAUGAUACUAAUAAGCGUCUGUAUAUUCCUGCGCUUCGUUCUCAUCCUGCUAUUCAACGUCCGGCUGCUUCGACAUUCCAAACCGAUUAUCUCCCUAGUGCUCUCCCGUAUUCUCAUCCUCCCGGUAAUCAACGGACUCACGCCUCUGCUUUUGCCCCGUCAACGAGUAAUUUGCCCCCAAUCGGUCAUGAAUUCUAUCCCUCUGCGAUUCACGAUGAUCAUACAGCAGUAGGGGGCGUAACGCUGCUGAAUAGGAGCCAAAUCGCUGCCCGCCAUGCCGUACCGAAGGAACUGCCAAUAUUCACCGGCGAACCCGAGGAGUGGCCUCUGUUUUUUGCCUCAUACGAGAACACGACGCAUCUGUGUGGACUCACAGCCGAAGAAAACAUGAUACGACUCCAGCGGUGCUUAAAGGAAAGGCGCUAG